CCCAUGGAGGGAUCGCCAUUGCUUACGUCUUUCACUGUGCGACAGAACUACAAAGCUGCUUUAUCAAACGCAGCUGUGUUUUGUUUAGAAAACCAACAACGAGGGACAAGUAAUCUUUAAAUAAGUCGUUGAAUCACGGUGAUGAGCAGCACUACCAUGGCAGGCUCUUCCAGCUCAGCGAGGGACCGCCCACCAACACGACCUAGCUUCAUCCCCGAAAUACAGAGCAUGAUGUUUGCUCUGGGAGAUGUCCGCAGACCCCUACCUGAGACUGCUGCCCUGGUGGAGGACAUUGUACACACCCAACUUAUCAACCUGCUACAUCAGGCGUGUGAGGGGGCAGUCCUUAGGAGUUCAAGGUUUAUCUCAGCUGAAGACAUCUUGUUCCUCAUGAGGAGGGACAAGAAAAAGGUGAGGAGGUUGUUAAGGUAUCUGCAGUUCAAGGACUACAAAUCUAAAGUGCUGAAAACCGUUGAAGAUGAGGAACCACUAGAGUCAGACAGGUGGGGUGUUGCCGGAGGUAACAAGCGCCAGCGGCUGGCAGGGGACUUUUUGUCCUGGGUGGACCAAACAGGGGAGUUCCUCUCCCUGUCUGACAACCAGGAAGUCGAUGAUAUCAAACUGGAACGACUGGAGCGGUUGGAAAGACAGACAAGAGGGAUGGACAAUGCUCAGUACAUUGAGUUCUGUGAGAGUCGGCAGCUCAGCUUUGCUAAGAAGGCAUCAAAGUUCCGUGACUGGUUGGACUGCAGCAGUCUGGAGUUAAAGCCCCACACUGUUGCCAUGGAGAUCCUGUCCUACCUGGCAUACGAGACUAUUGCUCAGCUAGUAGAUCUGUCCCUGUUGGUGAAACAGGAUAUGACUCCUAAGACAGACCCCUUCAGCCAUGCUGUCUCUGCUAGCUUCAUAAAUUACCACAGCAAUACAGAGAUAAAGAGAGAUCCAGACUCUCCAGAGACCACGCCCCCCUCCACUCCUGGCCCAUCUUACUCAUCAAAGCCCUCAAAUGGAGGCCUAGGAUUGGAAAGUAAGACGAGGCAAAGGAAACGCAAGAAGAGCUCGGCGGUGAGUGGUGUGGAGCCUCCUAGUGGUGCCAUUCAACCGUCCCACAUCAGGGAGGCUGUCAGACGUUACAGCUACAAACACACGAGUGCAUAUCGGGGGAAGGGGAUGGUAUUCCUAGCCUGCUGAAGACUUGUACUACUUUUUCCCGAGACAGUUAUCCAUUUCUGUGCAGUUUACUUCAUGAGUCAAUGGCUGUGUCCAAAUACCUACUUAUGUUCUAAGUAGCUGGAAUUUUGGAUAUGUGAAAAAUGUUUUAUACUGCAUAUUUUGACAAUGCCGUGUGCUUCCAGUACUAUUACAUAAUGAACCAAUACAAUUGUGCAUAAAAUUAUGCAUUCUCAGUUGAAUGGCAUUAGCAUUCUGACUUCUUGCUUAAUGCAUUUGUUAUUACUAUUUAGUGUACUACUCAUUUCAAUACCAGUACAAGCAUGAAAGCCAGAUUUGACACAGCUAGUGUAUCUGGUUCAUUUUGUCAAGAUUUUUUAUACAUUACCAGUUUGUAAUUUUUCUAUGUUUAAAUAAAGCUAUUUGACUAGAAUUACUUUUCAG